GUCUUUUUUUGUUUUCCCGUAUCCGCCAUUUCAGUUUUUGAAGUUAGUUGACAUCGGGAGCUGGAUUGUAGCUGGAAUUGUGUAGCUAAAACGCCUUAUAUGAUUUUUAGAGCUGAAUUCCGGUCGUAAACCAAAUAAGAGUCGUUUUUGAUUCGUGGUUGCGGAUCUAUAUCGGCAGAUUGAUGUCCAGACGGCCAGCUGCGGAUGUCGUCUGUUUACUAAACGUGCUCUAGGCGCUAAAGUUUUUGUAUGAGUUGAAGGCUUCGCCUGUGGAUAACGGGAGGGAGAGAAGGGAAGGCCCGGUGAAGCCUCGGCUUUGGAGUGGUUAUCAUGGCCGGAAAUUUUGACGCGGAGGACCGUGGCAGCUGGUACUGGGGUCGGUUGAGCAGACAGGAGGCUGUGUCUCUGUUGCAGGGGCAGAGGCACGGCGUGUUUCUGGUCCGGGACUCCAUCACCAGCCCCGGUGACUAUGUGCUCUCGGUAUCAGAGAACUCCAAAGUCUCGCAUUACAUAAUUAACAGCAUCAGCAACAACCGACAAUCCGGUCCAGGUUUGGCCCAUCCGAGGUUCCGCAUCGGUGACCAGGAGUUUGACGCCCUCCCCGCUUUGCUAGAGUUCUAUAAAAUCCACUACUUGGACACCACCACCUUGAUAGAACCCAUCAACAAGUCUAAACACACCUCCUUCAUCGGCGUGGGCCCCGGCGGAGGCCCCCCGCCUCGCCUGGAGGACGAGUAUGUCCGAGCACUUUUCGAUUUCCCCGGCAACGACGAGGAGGAUCUCCCAUUUAAGAAGGGUGACAUUCUCCGAGUUCUGGAGAAGCCAGAGGAGCAGUGGUGGAACGCCCAGAACUCUGAAGGCCGGGCCGGGAUGAUCCCAGUGCCGUACGUGGAGAAGUACCGUCCGGCGUCUCCCAGUUCUGUGGCGGGGCCCGGCGUACCUGGGGGACCACCGGGAGGAAUGGCAGUGCUAGGGAACUCUGACGGCUCUGCCCAGUCUGGCGCUCCGCUGCUGGCAGACCCCAGCCAGUACGCCCAACCCACUCCUCUGCCAAAUCUCCAGAAUGGACCUGUCUUUGCCAGGGCCAUACAGAAGAGGGUGCCCAAUGCCUACGACAAGACUGCCCUGGCCUUAGAGGUGGGCGACAUGGUGAAGGUGACCAAAAUAAACGUCAACGGCCAGUGGGAGGGUGAAUGUAAAGGCAAACGAGGCCACUUUCCCUUCACACACGUCAAACUGCUGGACCAGCACAACGCCGAGGACGAACUCAGCUGAGAGCGGACAGCCGGGCCACAACCUGGACACUAGUAUUAGACCCUUCCCUUCCUUCCUGUUCCACACACUCACCCGCUCCCCCUCCCUCACGUCUCCUCCGGCUUUUACCUGCACCAGUAACAGUUUCAGAAAAUCACUGAGAUCAACACAAACAGGCCCUCGUGGGACCUUUGUAACGAACACCUCCUUCAUUUCUACCCCUCUGAAUAAUCAUGUCUCCCCUUCCCCACCACCUGCUCUCACUGACUGACUUAAAAAUGCGUUAUAUACUCUACAGUGGAACUGUAAACUGAAUCUCCUGUUCCAUGGAUGUGACAAAACCCUUUAGAUCCUCCCCUCGUCAUGUCCCCGCCGUACACACAUUAUCAACACUCACUCCUCCGGAGAGUCCUCGCCGCGGAGUUCAAUCACUUCCUCUUCCUGUGUUGGAGCCAGUAGAUAACUGCUCGCCGCCGUGUCACUUUUCAUCCUGGUCCUCAUCCGUCACCAUGGUUACAGCGCUGUAGGAUCAUGCUGCAUUCACGUCAGAUGGGAAUACAGUAUUAAAUUGAAGAGUAACAACACAGUCUUCAUGUGUUGUCUUGACAUUUUUGGAAAUACCCUUAAUAGAUUUCUUGCCAAGAGUUAGAUGAGAGGAGUAAUAAUUCUGUUGUGUCUGUACUGUAAAUAUGAAGCUACUGCCUGCAGCUGAUUAGCUUAGCUUAGCAUAAACACUGGAAGCAGAGGCCUGCCUGGAAAAAAUAUAGAUAUAUAUAUUUUUAACUGACAAUUUAGUCUCACGGGUUAUGUGCCGGACUGUUUCUUGGCUGAGACAAAUUGCCGGGCAACCAGCAGGUACUCCGAGAAGUCACUGCGCCAUGCCAAGAAAUAUUAACCCCUCACAAAUAGUUGAAUUUUUGUCUUUACCCUGCUGGUAGGCUGAGAGUUCCAGCCGUUUCCCCUCACUUCCAGGAUUUAUGCAAAGCUAGGGUAUCGCCUGCUGGCAGUAGCUUCAUAUUCACCGUACAAAUGCAAGAAGCAUAUCGAUCCCAUCAUCAAACUCGGUAAGAAAGCAAAUAAGUGUAUUUGUGUGUAUCUUUUUAACCUUGAUCUGCUUGUUUCAGACUCCCAGUGCAUCCAUGUAGUGAGUGGUGAAUUUGAGCACUAGGAAAAUCAAAGUUGCAGUGUCAGCCACACAGAUGAUAGAGUUAUUUGCUGAAACUGGCCAUGGCAGCAUUCUUUUUCUACAUUUGCCCUUCAUUUGUCCAAACUGGUGUCUUCAUUCAGGAAAUUAAAGACAUAGGAGUCCUGAGUAAUAUUUAAUCCUAAAAUAUUGUUAUUGAAGGGUGACAGCAUAACAUUUACAUCUCCAAAACUGCACGGAACAAUAUUCUCUGGCAAGUUAAAGGUAUUUUCUAGUUUAAAAGUAUCUUUUGACAUGAGUGCAGCAUUAUUUUAGUGUAACCCAAGACUGUGAGAGACGAGAGCAGCGAGGCUCAUAUACAGCUGCCGCAUUUUGUCGCAGGGAUGAUUUAAGACGGCAAUGUUGUGUCUUAGAGAGAAAUAAUGAAAGAGCUUAGUCAACUGGAGGUGUACUGCUUUCCUCAAGAAGCAGACCAAGGACCGGUCCCGCAUAACACCCUCUCCCCAAACAUCAAAUGGAGAAAACAAAACCUGAGUCGAGACCAGCAGCUAGGAGCGACCUCAUGUAGUUGUAGCGCAGGACCCAGCAGUGAACCUGAGAAAUUUCAAGACUAUUGUUAAGGUGGCGAGACAGGCAACACUACAUUCAACCUCUCCACACCUCGGCUCACCUCAGCCCCAUCCACCCAUCUACUACGACCAAGUACCACAAAGUAGUCUUUUGUAAGAAAAAAAGAACAUUGUUAUGAAAUGAUGUACUAUGUGAUUAUCAUUACAUGCUAAAAUAUUGUUUUUGUUAUCUUUGUAGUUUUCUUCAUAGCUGAUUUGUGUCCAGGAGGAAAACGGAUUCAAUGUACACUUUUUACUGCUGCAUGUUGGGAGGGACCGAUGGUUUGCUGGUGCAACUGAUGCAGGGGGGGCGCUCACAUCUGUAUGCCCCCAGCCCUCACAAGGCCAUGUGUUCUCAAUCUGCAUCUGAUGUAUAUGAAUGAAGUUGAACGGAGUGAAUGUAGGCUGUCCACCAUGUUAGUUAGUACCGUCUUCUCAUAUUAGUGCUCUGCAUUCAGCUCACUGAAUAUACCUUAGCAAAACAGAUCUUGUCAUAUGUGUCCAAAAAAAGAUGAAGUGGCAUUAUUUGGUGCCUCCCCGUUGUUUUUAACCUUUGAAUAAUCUUGUCGCCACCCUGCAGUGUUUUGUUCUUUUAGAAGAGGUUGUUUUCUGUUGAGAUUGAAUCAGUCUAUUUGUUGACACCUGACAAUCAUCACCCCCAUGUAUCAUAAUGCAGACUGGUUUGGAUUGAAGCAGGCUGGCUGUGCAGUUUAGACCUUUGCCAGAGUGAAGCUGGGCCACUUUGAGCGAGAACUCGCCGUCUCUUCCAAGUGAGGGGUUCCUCUCGGGUGUCAUCAUACAGUGUUUCUGGCCAGUACGCCAUGACACCUUUAGGUGGCACUAUAACAGCAUUGAGAGAGGAACGCAUAUUCCACCAGUGCUUAUGAGAUUUAAAGGAGAUGAAUUAGAUUUUUAACGGAAUGCACUUACCGUUUUAACAAUGAGGGUUUUUUUUAUCCUUGUUUGCUUCCACACAGUAGCUUCCAUCACCGUGUGGCUUUGCCUGACAAACUCAGUCCCACCGUCGCGUUUCAUUUCCAAGUUGGCCAUUUUCCAAACCCGCGUUUAAAUAUUUACUAUUGAAAAAUAUUGGGUUGACUUCUUGGAAAAAUCUGGUCUAGCAAAGUAACAUUUGUGUUUACUGCCAGCUUUUGACACAGUCCAUUUUUAUGUGUAGUUAUGAUCAAAUCAAGCUUAUUUUUUUUGUCACUCACACUGCACAUGGCAGGUGCUACAUAAAUCAUUAUCUUAUAAAUUGUGUUGCCAAUAAAAACCACGAAGAAGUUUUUUUUUUUUUUAGUAGCCCUGCAUUAAGUCAUUGAUUUCCUUUCAUAAAAAGGAAGGGGUGGCCAAAUGCCAGCGGAAAUUGUGUUAAUCUCAAAAUGUGCCAUUUUAUUAUAACACUAUAUUCUUUCAAGACAACUGAAAUUACCUUUUUAUUUUCUGUAGCAUGUAAUGUGUUAAUAUACUAGUAAAUAAAGUCAACCCCAUGACAAA